AUGGCUUGGGGGAGCACUACCCCUCCACGAAAAGAAGGGGACACCAGCUGGGCCCAAGAAUACCUGUUGGACCCUUUAAAUGCUGUGGAGGCAUAUCAAACAGCCCAGACAGGCGGCCAAUACAAUAAUCAGGUUCCGACACAACACAAAACCCUCACAGUCGAACAGUAUCUUGCUGCCAAUUCGAAACCGUCUGAAUCUGCAGCUGGAUCUUCUGGGGUAACCCGUUCUCGUUCUCUGUUGUCGCGUAGUGGCUCCAAGAGGGACAAGAAGAAGAACAAGCAGGAAGAUAUCGAGUUACAAGAUACAUUAGCAUCUGUCGGCCAGGUGCGACGGACAACGUCAAUCCGUGACAAGUUGAUUCGCCGGUUUACCGAUGAUGGGAAGGAUCCUGAUAGGCGACAGAGGCCGUUGCGUCCGCUUAAUGAGGUCUCCGAUAAAGAAAUUUCCCGCAUGGGAAACACGGUCUCGCCACGGGGACCACGAUUGUCGACUCCAGCUCCUGUCCCGGAAAAAAUUCCCGACCUCCAGAACCAGCAGGACAAUAAUGACCUGCAGAACCAAGAAAAUAGGCCGGUCUCAAAGCGAGUAGAGGAUAGAUGGUCCAAUAAUCCGUUCCGGGAUGCACUCCUAGCUGCGGAAAAUCAAGAGAAUCGGGAGAAUAUCUCUCCUCCCAGAAGCCCAAAUGCAAAUCAGAGAUCUCCACUCUCUCCGACAAAUCCGUUCCGUAGGGCAGGAGAAGGUUCUUCUCUUCCAGUCCAGGCGCCACUUCGACACCAUACCCGAACCCCUCAACCGCGGGGCACUAUGUACCGUAGUGAUGGUCCUCGUGUGCCCGUUAGGCCACAUUCCAGACUUGAAGCCAAACCCCGUUCUGGAAUCCAGCGCGUUCCAGCGGCUGAUACAAUAGACUCACUCGAUACCAGCUUUGGGAUCUUUACUUUCCACCAUGAAGGGCCAUAUGAUGCAACUUUGUCCCAUCGAAAUCGCAAUCCGUUAAAGUCGCCAGUACACGCCACUAGAUACGGCAAUGCGAUGGCAUUAAGAGCAACCGCUCCUGAGGAUAUCCAAAACAGCAUACAAUUUGGUCGUCCUCUCGAGGGUGUUGCCGCUUUCCCCCCAGGGACACACGUUACUGGCGGUGUUCUUGAGUACGAGGAAUACGAUGUCAACCGUAAAGAUGGUAAUUAUCGUCGAUACGCUGGAGAGAAAUACCGAGAUGAAGACCUGAAGGGAAAAGGUAUUGAAGGUUACGAUGGUGACCUUGCUGCUAAGAAAGAAAAGGAAGCCAAACAUCGACGAGGAAAGAGCUUGGAUACCGCAACCGGCAGGUCUGGGGAUGUCCUGACACCCCUUGAUCCCGUUACCUCCCCCGUCCGUCGAAAUGGCAGUACCGCAGGAAGACUCGAGGGCGCUGCAGCCAAAUUCAAACGAACAUUCUCUAUCAAACGCAAGGAGAAGAAGACAGAUGAUGUCUAG